AUGUUUGCUGUCUCUGCUUUGGCAAAUCCUUUGGCAAAAUCACCAUUUUAUUUGACAAAACGCGCUCCUCUUUGCGGCGAUGUGUGUACAUUUAUGUGUGGAGCUUGCGAAUGCACUGGUGGUGGAUGCGACGAUAAACCUACUUGCUCCGGCGAUGACGUCAAAUGCACUGGUGAAUGCGGCAAUGUAUGCGACGGUAAAUGCGGAACUUGUACCUUUAAAUGUACUGAAUGCACUGGAACUCCUCCA